GCUCCCUUGGGUUCGAUUCCGGAGUUACCAGCACGUUCAUGCCGGGAAAUAACAGCAAGCGAAGGAAAAAAUACUGCAAGCAACAAUUACUGGCUGGAUCCAUCUGGCACAGGAAAGGCAGUUUUGGUUUACUGUGAUAUGAAUUUGGAAGGUAAAUCAUCAUUACGUCACCGUUAGUUUCACUUUCUGUUUGAAUUGUAGAUUCUUUUAAUAGCUUCUCUCUGUCUGCGACAACUAAGAAGUGUUUUGCGACAGCUAAGAAAGGUUUUGCGACAACUAACAAGUGUUUUUCGAAACCAACAAAUGUUUUGCGAAACUAACAAGUGUUUUGCGAAACUAACAAGUGUUUUGCGACAACUAAGAAAUGUUUUGCAACAACUAAAGAGUUUGGCGACAAUUUGAAUCUUCUUCUGCAUGUUAUGCAAGACUAUUUUUCUGCUAAAUUAAUGUGUGGGUUCCUAUAACUGUGCGAAAACUAAGAACUAAGAAGUGUUUUGCGACAACUUAGACAUGUUUUGCGACAACUAAGAAGUGUUUUGUGACAACUAAGAAAUGUUUUGCGACAACUAAGAAGCGUUUUGUGACAACUAAGAAGUGUUUUGUGACAACUAAGAAGUGUUUUGUGACAACUAAGAGGUGUUUUGCGACAACUAAGAAGUGUUUUGUGACAACUAAGAAGUGUUUCGCGACAACUAAGAAGUGUUUUGUGACAACUAAGAAAUGUUUUGUGACAACUAAGAAGUGUUUUGUGACAACUAAGAAAUUUUUUGCGAAAACUAAGAAGUGUUUUGCGACAAAGAAGAAGUGUUUUGCGAAAACUAAGAAGUGUUAUGGGAUACAUUACUGCAUCGACUUUUGUGUUCCUCAAUUUUGAUGAACUGUGGGAGAUGAAUCGUACUUUAUUCGAAUGUGGUUUACGAAAAUCAGUAGAGUUGAAGGAAGGCAGACUGUACGUCAUUACAUCGACAUUGGAAAAGACAGUUAAAUGCUGAAGUGUUUUGUGACAACUAAGAAGUGUUUUGUGACAACUAAAAAGUGUUUUGUGACAACUAAGAAGUGUUUUGUGACAACUAAGAAGUGUUUUGUGACAACUAAAAAGUGUUUAGUUAGUUGUCACAAAACACUUCUUAGUUGUCACAAAACACUUUUUAGUUGUCACAAAACACUUCUUAGUUGUGACAACUAAGAAUUUUUUUGCGAAAACUAAGAAGUGUUUUGCGACAAAGAAGAAGUGUUUUGUGAAAACUAAGAAGUGUUAUGGGAUACAUUACUGCAUUGACUUUUGUGUUCCUCAAUUUUGAUGAAUUGUGGGAGAUGAAUCGUACUUUAUUCGAAUGUGGUUUACGAAAUUCAGUAGAGUUGAAGGAUGGCAGACUGUACGACAUUACAUCGACAUUGGAAAAGACAGUUAAACUGAGCAGCGCCACAGUUAAAUGCUGAAGUGUUUUGUGACAACUAAGAAGUGUUUUGCGAGAACUUAGAGGUGUUUUGCGACAACUAAGAAGUGUUUUGUGACAACUAACAAGUGUUUUGCGAGAACUAAGAAGAGUUUUGCGAGAACUUAGAGGUGUUUUGCUACAACUAAGAAGUGUUUUGCGAUAACUAAGAAAUGUUUUGUGACAACUAAGAAAUGUUUUGUGACAACUAAGAAGUGUUUUACGACAACUUAGAAGUGUUUUGCGACAUCUAAGAAGUGUUUUACGACAAUUGAGAAGUGUUUUGCGACAACUAAGAAGUGUUUUGCGACAACUAAAAAGAGUUUGGCGACAAUUAAGGAGGGUUUUGCGACAACUAAGAGGUGGUUUGCCACUACUAAGGAGUGUUUGUGACAACUGAUUGUGAAGACUAAGGAGAGUUUGGCGUCAGGUAAGAAGUGUUUUGCGACAAUAAAGGAAUGUUUUGAGACAACUAAUUGUGACAACUAUGGAACGUUUGGCGACGAAUAAGAGGAGUUUGACGACAGGUACGGAGGGUUUGGCGACAGCUAAGAAAGGUUUAACGACAACUGAGUAGAGUUUGGUGACAAUUAAGGAGGGUUUGCUGGCAAAUAAUGAGAGUCUGACGACAACUAAGAUGAGUGGUGCGACAACUUAGCAGUGUCUGGCGACAAUUAAGGAGGGUUUCGUGACAAAUAAAGGCAGGUUCCAAAUCAAUCGAAGAAAGACUGUUAAUAGAAACAUAGCCUACCUGCUUGCAGUCAAUAACUUCCUCAAUAUAAACCGUUGCAUCUACAAAAUAGGCAUGGUAUCCACGCACUCUUGCCUCAACAUAGCAUUUGUAUUCAUCUGCCAUUUUAUAGAUGUUUUGUGCAGAAAACUGACUUUCCUCAAGAGAUAUUCAAGAUGGAAGCUUUACUUUCCUUCACUCGAAAUGUCUUUUAGGUAAUUUGCAAGAAUACCGCUGUACAGCAAAACAGUUAUUGUCUCUAGUACAAUAAACGCAUGAGGUGUUAUAGGAUACAUCGCUGCAUUGACUUUUGUGUUCCUCAAUUUUGAUAAAUUGUGGAAUAUGAAUCGUAUUUUAUUCGAUUGUGGUUUACGAAAAUCAGUAGAGUUAAAGGAUGGCAGACUGUACGACAUUACAUCAACAUUGGAAAAGACAGUUCAACUGAGCUGUGCCACAGUUAAAUGCAAACACUGCGACAGAUCGUUCAAAGUUCAAUAAUAUCUGGACAGCGAUAUACAAUUGAAGCACCUGGCCUCUGCCGCACAAAACUCGAACAGCAUCAGCUAAGCAUCUAGAAAUACAUUGACUAUUUUUGUAAACAUCAAACAACCACUCAGGUGAAACAAACAUGCAGAGAAUAGCUAAGAGUCAUCAGCUUGAAGAUGUGCCACGUGAAUCGGCCGGUGUUGCGCAAGGUCAAACUCAAAGGCGAAGCAACAAUUGAAGGGAAAGUAACAAGCGUAAGUCCUACACUGUCGAUUUCAUAGAGAGAACACUAGAUUUUGUGGAUUCACUGAAAUCAUCAACAAAUAAGUACAACAGUUGCAAAGCAACAAGGAGUCAACAGAUCACUGGUGUUUAAGUGGGAAAAAAACAGAAGCAAACUUCCUGCAGAACUGACUCUUAACAAGACAAAGAAGAACACAGGUGGCCCAAGGCCAAUGAAACAAAGGAGAAGGAUCGUUGGGAACAGAUCCCAACGCACUGAUAAAUAUUCUCUGACUUCCAAUCUUUUACUUCCCGAGUUUAAACUACGGAGAGCAGCAGACAGCAAAGUGUCCAAACUUUGGUUGAAAAGAAAUGAAUCGAAAAUCGAAGCAUGCUUAAGCACAGAAGAAGCUGCAAAAUUUAAAGGACACAGUAACUGGUUCCAGAGAUUCAAGAAAAGACACAAUAUAGUACAAAGGAGAAGGACCAACAAGGAAAAAGUCUGGGCAGAUAAUGGCUGCGAUACGAUCCAGAAAUUCCACAGGGAUUUGAGGAAAGCCUUGAAAACACAAAGGAUAAGAAACAAGUCCUAUACAGUUAACCCAAAGUAUGGAAGAUGGAUACCUAAAAAUAGAUACAAUAUCGACUAGUUUACAGAGGGGAUAAUGAUGUUGUUUGUGUUUGUGAGACCUGGCUCAAUAACUCUGUCAUGGAUUGUGAGCUGCUUUAUGGCUACUCUAUCUAUCGAAGGGGUAGAAAAGGAAGCGUCGGCGGCGGUGUAUUGUUCGCCAUUGAAACUGAUCUACAAGCCUUCCGCCGUUUUGAUCUUGAGAAAGAAAACGCUGAACUGAUAGUUGUUGAAAUUAAAACGCUGAACUGUUUCCCGUUAUCUUGUACACUUUUUAUCGCCCGCCUGGUUCUUCACCUGAGAUUCUUCAUCAUUUGAACCCUUCAGAGCAAUGCUGAGUCAAGUCGCAUUGUUUUGGUAGGAGAUGUUAAUUUACUCUCUAUCGACUGGUCCACCGAUUUACCGGUCUCUUUGGGUACUGGGAGUCAUGCAAUGGAUGAUAUAUUUUGUGAGCUGGUUGGUGAUAAUUACCUCCAGCAGUUCGUAACUGGUCCAACGCACAUAUAUAUCUGGAAGUAAGUUAGAUCUUUUUUUGUGUAAUUGUCCAGAAAUUAUCACAGACGUUCUCACUUCAACACCGGAGAAGUGUGGGUUUCCAGCGGAUCAUCACAUUUCAUUCCAUCUCGUCUAUAGCAGAUUGUGAACGACAACAACAAACUCUGGCAAACCUCCAUUCCUGGAGUCACGACAAUAACAUACGAUUCAAUGCCUCUAAAUGCAAAGUUCUAACUAUAACGCGCAAGAAAAAGCCUUUACUUCAAGACUUUCUUUUAGGCCCUGAAAAAGUACACCACGUGCGUGAGGAGAAGGAUCUGGGUGUAGUUAUCUCGGACAAACUUACCUGAGACUCACAUGUACACUUGAUUACAGUAAAAGAAAACAAAAUUGUAGGUCUGCUAAAGAGAUCAUGUCCCUUGUUAACUAAAGUGGCAGUAAGGUCCUUGUAUUCAGCGAUUGUGAGGCCUUACCUUUGUUAAGGAACUGAAUGCUGACAUUUUGCUCUCUCAGUUUGCUUGUAGGAUUGGGAACCUUGAAAAGAGGGAGGGGGGGGCUGGUGCAUUAUGAAUUUGCUUGACUUUUGCUGAGUUUUCAGUUGUUUAUUGCCAGGACUGCUACCCCUCCCCCCCCCCCCCCCCCCCCCCCCCCCCCCCCCCCCCCCCCCCCCCCCCCCCCCCCCCCCCCCCCCCCCCCCCCCCCCCCCCCCCCCCCCCCCCCCCCCCCCCCCCUCCCCCCCCCCCCCCCCCCCUCCCCCCCCCCCCCUCCCCCCCCCCCCCCCCCCCCCCCCCCCCCCCCCCCCCCCCCCCAAUGUAAUACUAUUGCCUUGAUUAAUGUGGUUUAGGUUAGUUCCAUCCAUGAAUUGAUUAAAAUGUUCUGCUUGCACAUUGAUUUCAUCUGUUAGUAGUCUAUGCAGUAUUUAAUACUUAGGAACAAUUUUUCAGGUCGGUUUUGCAGAAAACACCCGAUUUAUAAGAACAAAAUCAGCCUAAACCACUAAAACACGUGUUCUUUUAAGCAAAGCCAAAAGUAAUCGUUACAAUUUCUUACUAGUAUCAUAACCUUUAUUCUUUUGUGUAUGUGUUAUACGAAGGAUUUACAGCUGUUUUUACAAAUCUUGGUAAGAGUGGAACAAAGGGUCCGGACUCAGUUGGCAGUCACUACACAGGUCAGGAUCAUGACGGACAAGUUACAGUGUCCAGCGGUAUUCAACUGUGGACUGUGCCGCACACUGGUAAAUACAGAAUAGAAACAAUAGGAGCCUCAGGAGGGUACGGUGAGGACAGUGUCAUCAACGGAGGAAGAGGGGCGCGGAUGAUUGGAAACUUUAUGUUGACCAAAGAUGAGAACAUUAGUAUACUUGUUGGUCAAAAAGGGGAAAGAUCGAAUUCUUACAAAAAUGCUGCCUCAGGCGGAGGAGGCACAUUUGUAGUAAGAGAAGACAACAAGCCUUUGAUCAUAGCCGGAGGUGGAGGAGGAGUUGCUAAAAUGACAGAACAACAUUCAGGAUGUGAUGCUUCCAUAAACACAACAGGAAAUGCAGGGUAUAACUCGUCAUUCCUGUCAGGAGGAAGUAACGGAAAUGGAGGAAAAACUGAUAAAUCGCACCCUGGUAGGUGAAGAAUUUCCUAUUUAUCACUGCUGAAUAUUUUUUUACAUCCAUCAGUAUUUCGAACAAAGAGGUGUUACUGGUCGCUCAAAUUUGGAUUUUUCUCAGAAUUACUAAAAGCAAUGAUCUUUUCAGUAGCUAAUGUCAACUGUAAAUCUCUUGAUUGUAGGCGGUGGCGGCGGCGGCUUUUACAGUAAUGGAGAAGACACAAAGAUUCCUUUUGGAGACGGUGGAAGGGGAGGUAAAGGAUUUCUGGCCGGGGGAGAGGGCGGAGCACAUCAGGGUGGUUUUGGAGGUGGGGGUGGUUCUCGUUUUACAGGUGAGAUACCUGGAGGCGGUGGGGGGUACUCUGGGGGAAGUGGAGGUGCGAAUAUUUCUUGUGGGGGAGGGGGAGGUUCUUUCAACAACGGAACAAAUCAGCAAAAUGAAUGUUGUUAUAAUACUGUUGGACAUGGUAAAGUGAUCAUUACAUUUCUUCAUUGA